AUGAGUGGUGCUCUUUCCACCAAAGACAAGGAGGUUGUGUACCUCAAACGCGCUCUUGAAUCAGUCUACUCACGUUUUCAAACGAGACAAGAGGAAAGAGCUUCCGAUAUGGACGCCCAACUCAUUGCGACCCGCACCAUUGAGAAUCUUGCCAAGCGAGACAACGAACUAACAGCGCUGAAGACGGAGGUUUCAAACCUCAGACAGCUAUUGGCUGCGAACUCGACAGCUAUGUCAGAAAACGAGUUCAAGUCAAGGAUUGCACCCCCUCCACCUCCGCCACAAGGUUUCAAAUCUAGAGCGAUUUUUGUGCGAACGCCCGAAGAAACAGAUGCAAGCACAACAUUGAACGCGACUGGCGUUCCUCCACCUCCACCUCCACCUCCACCCCCUCCUCCACUUCCACCACCUCUUUCUCCGUGGGCUGUUCCAAAUCGGAAAGAGACCCUCACCGUCGAGUCGAAGGACAUCAGUCAGAUAACCUUUCAUUCUCCUCCUCCUCCCCCUCCUCCCCCUCCACCACCACCCCUAUCAUUCCCUUCUUCAGGUUCCCCACUCUCGCCACCGCCGCCGCCGCCCCUAUCACUCCCUUCUUCAGGUUCUGCACUUUCGUCACCUCCACCUCCACCACCUCCGCCCCCGCUGCCUCCUCCGCUCAACGCUUCACUAUUCCAGUUUCCACCAAGACCCCCAGGAGUUCCACCUCCGCCCCCACCGAGUGGAUCUGCAAUCAGGAUUGGAAACAAAGCAAAAGCCACUGGGCCAAGACUAAAGCCCUUCUUCUGGACUAAAAUCAAUGAUCAGAAUUGCGGCGCCACAGUAUGGGAGGAAUCGUCAAACUCACUGGAUUUCAAGCUAGAUGAUCUUGAAGCAACGUUCACAAUUGAUAAUACACCAACCUCACAUUCCAAAGCCGCAAAUCCCACUCGGAAACAAAGUGUUACAACUCUUCUUGAUAUUACUCGCGCUAAUAACAUCGCUAUCAUGCUUUCGCGUUUUAAGAUGACCUCUCUUGAAAUCAGUCAAGCUCUGCUAAGACUCGAUGACAAACUGUCUAUCGAUGACUUGAAAGCCAUCAGCAAACAGCUACCAUCUCCGGAAGAGGUCGCUCGCAUGAAAGAUUUUCAAGAUGUAAGCAAGCUAGCGAAGGCCGAUCAAUAUCUAAGUGCCAUUAUGACGAUUCCAAGACUCCCGCAGCGGCUGGAGUGCAUGAUAUAUCGCCAAAAGCUGGAACUCGAGAUCGAGGAAAUCCGACCGGAUCUGAAAACCGUUCAUGAUGCGUGUAAAGAAUUACGAGCAUCUGCGCGUUUCAAGCUGACAUUACGGGCAAUACUCACAGUUGGGAACGCAUUGAAUGGGUCCAGCUUUCGUGGAGGUGCCUGUGGGUUUCGCCUGGAGGCGCUCGUGAAGAUGAAGGAAACGAGGACUGCAAAGGGCACCUCAGAAUGCCCUACUCUCUUGCAUUAUGUUGCACGAGUCCUCAUUCGCACUGAUCCGUCGCUUACACUUUUCAUCGAUGAGAUGCCUAGUGUGGAAUCAGCUGCUCGCAUCUCCUUCCCUACGUUACAACAGAACGUGCAGUCUUUACUUACGUCGCUGGACAAGGUUAAAGAAGAAAUAAGUCUGCUAAAGCAGAUUCGCAUACCCUCCGAUAAUGACCAAUUCGUGACAAUCAUGCAGCCGUUUACUCUUGAAGUAGCACAACGCGUCGACGCGCUCAAUAACAUGGCUGCCCUCGUCGAAACAGACCUACGCGCUCUGUUCUCUUACUAUGGCGAAGACCUGAAUUCACCGGAAGGACCGAAGCCAGAUGACUUCUUCGGGAUGAUCUGUUCAUUUUCAUCAUCGUUACAGAAAGCCGCUUUGGAAAUUCACGAUAGACAGAAGAAGGUUCCUGCCUUGGCUCAGGGGAAGAUGUCAUCUUUGACGCAAAGCAGCUCCGAAGAGAUCGUCAAGGCACCACAUGAUACCUCACACGACUUGACCAUACCCUCCACCGAGCAUUCGGCAUCUAUUGGUCGCGGUAACCUGGAAGAAGCGAUGCGCAGUUUGAGAGAAGGUCGUAAGAGAUGUAGACCUCCUCGUUCCAUCACGGGUGCGAACAAGAUAUUUCUUGAUGGACGACCCGAGCUCUCGUAA